AUGCCAGAACCUUUUGAGAUUCUCCGCAUCUCAGAAAUUCUCGCAGUUAUCCUUGAUGGAUUACAAGACGACAAGAAGUCGUUGUACCACAUGUCUUGCUGUUGUCGUGCAUUCACAGAUCCUGCCCUCGAUAUCCUCUGGAGAUCUAUGCACUCCUUUGCUCCAUUUACUUUGUUGAUUCCACAAAGCGCAUCAUUUGUGAAUGACGCCCCGACGAGUGACUGCGAUCUCCUGAAGUAUCGCUGCAAUCCAUUGGAUGACUGGAAAACGUUCGACAAAUACGCUGCACGAGUCUGGAGUUUGCGCAUAGGAGAAUACAACAAUGAUGGCGCAGAUCUCAUAAAAAAUUGGGAUUGCUAUACACGCCUCACAGUCAUUCGCGGACAGGAAGAGUUUCAUCCUUUCCCAAAAUUACGAAGUCUGGCUUAUGUCCUCUCUGGCCCAAUUCCCCCCGCAAGCGAAGCUAUUUCCCCCCUCCCUACGAUCUCUUACCCUCCACCAUAUCUGAAGGAACUGCGCAUUAUCGGUCUCAUGCGGACAAUGAGAACGUUGCACUCAACACCCCAACUUCAAUUCGGGCAGAUCAGAAGCGUUGAUCUAAGCAAAGCCUAUAUUCGUGCCCCCGAGCUCGCAGCUCUUUGCACGCUGCUGUCCCAUGCACCUGUUUCAGACCUCAAAAUCCACCUUCAAGAUCGCUUGAACAUGAAUUGGCAAGCGAUUCCUCCGAUGUUCCCUGCAUUGAAGCAGUCGGAUGUUCGAGGAUCAAUGUUUUCCGUCAUCCUCUUCAUGUCACGCCUUGCAGCAACAAAUUUACAUACGCUGGUGUUUCAGCCAGACGGGCAACCUUCUGGUGUCGCGGCCUUCUUCGAUCACCUCAUACCAAUCAUCGUUGAGAAGCUCGGAAAGUCGCUGAAAUCAUUUGAUCUUCAUAUCAAUGAACCUAGGCCUCAUGUCCGGGAUAGCGACCUCAUCAAGAGUAUUUUGCAGGGGCUUGAACCUCUUGUGGAGGCAGGGUUGCAAUCACUGCGCCUGUUUUUGCAAGUAGACUCCACGAUGUCAGUGCAAUUCCCUCCGGAAGUGCAGUCCAUGCUUAAGCCUUGCGCUUGGCCUUCUUUGAAACAAUUUCGCUUUACAACAAAGACGACCGCAUUAGAAUAA